CGGACCGUCAAGUGGCCAGCUCUCGAGCCUACCCGCCCACCGCGAGCCACUCCACACCGGGAGCAGCGCGUCAGGAUGAUGCCAGCCACAGAUAGAUGGACUGGCGAGGGAGGGAAAAAAAACUGCACAGUGACACAACUAGAGUAAAAGAGGAGGCGAUGCCCGAGGCCCGCACGGCUCCAGUUGAACACAGUUGACCGAGGCAGAGCACACAGGAGCGGUCACUGAAGUGGGAAGCUUCGGGGGGAAAAACAAAAACACCGCUGGAGCGCUUCUCUUCCACUGAGUCUCGAUUCAAGAAGUUCAUUCUUAUAACCAGAAAAAGUGGAAGUGGCUGUUUCCUGUGUUUGACCAGUAACCUGUUCUACUGUCAAGUCAUGGAUUCCCCCACAGAUCUUUUCGACGACUCAGCUCCACAGAUUCAUGCAUUUGCACCCACUCACAGCUCCACAGACCUCCCCGCCGUCCACCCUCAACCGAGCGCAGGCCGCCCUCCUCCCGCCUUCAGACCCCUUGGCUUCCCCCUCAUCCACCACCUCCUCCAGCCAGGUGGAGCCCCCAGGAGAAUUGGAGGGCAACUCAACCCGAACCUGAGCACGCACAGACACCUGGAGGACACGCAUUUAGAGGAGGAGAGAGGAGAGAAGGAUGGGCAUGUGGGGCAAGAUGUUGAUGGAGGAGAAGGGGAAGUGAUGGAAGGAGAGGAGAGCUUGUUGGUGGUGAAGAAGAGACACAGUGACACCGCCCUCGCUGCCGAUUGGAGUCAAGACAUCUUGAAAGUGAAGAGGAUGAAGCUGGAGAGCCGACCAAGAGACGGAGAGGCGGAAGAGGGAGGCAGGAGGCGUGAGGGAGGGAGGGAGGGGAAGAGGAGAGAGAAGGAGGAGCUGAAAGAGCAGCUAGAGGAGGCAAGAGAGAGACUGCAGGCCCUGCAGGAGAAAGUAUGGAGGGCUUUUGGGGAAAAGCACAUGGCAGAGGAGGAUAAGAAUAGGAGGAGCAAAAAUAGGGGAGGAGGAGACGGGAGAGAGAGAGAUGUGGGGAUGAUGGAGGAGGAGGAGAUCACGGAAGGGUUGUAUGAUGAAGAAGACAUUGACGGUGGGGAAAUAGAAAAAGAGUCCUUCUCCCUCUUUUCUGUUUCUCCUUUUGAUAACUUCCACAAGCGGGGAGAGGAGAGGCAAAAAGACAGCGAGAGGAGGAUGGAGAGAGGAAGAGGAGGCGGAGGAGGGGGUUUGCACUUUGAGGGACUGAUGGAGGGAGCAGGGUUGUGGUUGGACUGCGGAGGGCUCUUAAGAGGAGAUUGGCAAGGAGGGGUGGAAGAGGAAGGUGAGGAAGGAGGGCAGAAGUUUGCUCAGGCACUGAAGCUGGAAUUGGGCAGCGCUGUGGCGCGAGUCAUCGAUCGAGUGCUCCGCCUUUACACCGAGAUGACAGAUAUAAAUCCUGCCUCUCCACCUGCCGCCAUUUCUUUCCUGCCGUCCGACACAGGGAAUGAGGGAGCGAGGGAGAGAGGAAUGUGGAUGGGACUCUUGACAAGAGGGGACGAGAAGAUGAGAGGGAAGGAGGAUAAAAGAGGAGAACAGGAUGAAGAAAGAGAGAAGCACUUUGAAAAAACAAAUAAUGGGAACGCUCUUGCUUCUCACCGCAGCGAAACCUCAGACCUGGCGAUGCCAUUGGCUGUUCAGAGGUCGUCUGACAUCCGAAAGGCCCACCCACUCCUCGGCCCACCUCUCUCUUCUCAUCUAAACUCCUCUCACCCAAACCUCUCCCUUCAUCACCCUUCUCUACCUCGCCCGCCUCCUCUUUCCCACCCUACCCUUUUACCCUCAGCCCAACAACCCAAGGAACCCUCCUCAUCAUUCCACCCGUCGUCAUCCUCCUCUUCCUCUUCCUCAUCUUCCUUCCCCCCACCUCCACCACCUCCUCCCCCUCCUCCCCCUCUCCCUCUCCCGCUCCUCCACUACUCCAUGCAGCAGCUCUUCUCUCGCUCUCUCCACCACUCUCAGCUGCCCCACCUCCCCCUGUCCCGCAAAGACUAUUUGAGCGCCGACCCCUUUUUGGAGUUCUCGUCUCACCCAUCUUCUCACCCCUCUUUCCCUCCGCUCCCUUUGCUCGGUCACCUGGACCCUUCCCUUGCACGCCACGCUCACGGCGGCAGGGAGAGGGAGAGAGGGAUGAGGGGAGAUGGGGGAAUAAGAGGAGGGAUGGACGGGGGAGAGCUCUACCUUACUGCUGGAGGAGUAUACACUCAGGAGGGCUUGUCUCCCUGCCAUCUGAAGAAAGCCAAGCUCAUGUUCUUCUACGCACGCUAUCCCAGCUCCAAUACACUUAAGACUUACUUCCCUGAUGUCAAGUUUAACCGCUGUGUGACCUCCCAGAUGAUUAAAUGGUUCAGCAACUUCAGAGAGUUCUUCUACAUCCAGAUGGAGCGCUUUGCACGACAGGCUGUCCGUGAGGCUCUCAACCGGGAGGGUGCACCCCGUGUGGGCAGAGAGAGUCAGCUGAGAGUUGGCCGUGACUCGGAGCUUUACCGCAUACUAAACAUGCACUACAAUAAAAGUAACGUCUACCAGGUCCCAGAGAGGUUCAUCGAGGUGUCAGACUUGGCUCUGAGGGAGUUUUACUCAGCCAUUUGGACUGGGAGAGACAGCGACCCCUGCUGGAAGAAAGGGAUCUAUAAAAUCAUCUGUAAGCUUGACAGUCCUGUGCCAGAUGCCUUCAGACUGCCCGGUUGUCCUGUCGGCUGAUGAUGGAGCCAUUUUUAUCUGGUACACACACACACACACACACACACACACACACACACACAUACAUAUAUAAAUUAUAAACACAAAAUCAGAAAAAUACUGAAGGUUGAACAUUUUAUUUCAACCUUCUCAAAGCGAGAGCUGGUGAGAUGAAAUCCAUUCAGUUCAACAUUAUUUUCAUUCACGAUUUAUUGGUUUAAAAAAAAGAGAUAAAACAAUAAAAGGCUUCUGUUUGACUUAGUGUGCAGGGAGGCACAUUCCUGCUUUAAUGGACGGACACACACAGGCUCUAUAGUAGACUGACACACUCGAUGCUGUGAUAAGAGUCUUAUGACUGCACUUAUUGAGGAACGUGACCAUACCGUCGAAUUGAAAUGGAAUUCCCUCUCCGAAUGAUUCUUCACCGGUCAGUUGACUUCUAGGAGUGAUAAAACUGUCAUGAAGUAAAGAGUCGCUGCAGGACAAUACAUGUAGUUUUUGUGAAUGUGAUUUUACCAGAUGAUGGCUUCUGUCCAAAACGCUUUGUCAAAAUGUUUCAUUGAUGCACUCGGAAAUAUUUAUGCAUUCCCUGUAAAUUAAAUCAAUGGACAAAGAUUCCCUUCUGUGUUUCCCCUUUAAAUCUCUCAUUCUGUGUAAUAACAUGUGCUGCUAACAGCUGUUUACUGAACAUUCAAACACUUUCAAAAGCGUCUAAACCGGAGCGCAAAGAGUUUUCAAAUUACAUACCUUCAUCUUUACUUUCACUGCGAGCAGAGCGGUCUGCCCACUGGGAACAUUUCAAUUAGUAGAUGUUUUUUUUUUGUUGUUAAAAGCAUCAUCAUGCUUUGCAGUUAAAAAAACAAACUUGCAAGUAUAAUCUUUAACUAUCACACUGAAACAUUUCAGUGCUGCUCUCGCUAAUGGUUGAGCGGCGGUUUUGCAUUAGAUGCUUGUCAGAACAUCAAACAUGAUCUGGAAAUGGACUGUUGCCUUUGCGUGUGGGCUUUUUUGAAGUGUCAGCAGUACCUUUUAUUCUGCGUGCCCCACAGCUCUUAUGUUUUUGACAUACUUUAAGAUGGGUGUAAGGAUGCUUUUCAUCAACAUCACAGAUAUGUCAUGUUUGCGUUUUAGCUGAAGUUUGGUUUGCAUCCACGAGAAAAAGAAAAAGGACCAAUCAUAAAAGAAUAAAAACCUGAUUUACUGGAACUAUUUAAUUUAUUGUAAAAUGUAAAACAUGAAGUUUCCCCUGUUGCAGAAAACGAUCAGGGCGUUGUUUUUGGUGAGUGGAUUUGUUUAGCUUCUUUAUCAAUCUCUGUGUGACAUUAAAUUAUUAUAGAGCUUUUGUACAUGAUGGCACAAUGUAAGCAAAAUGUAAUAAAAGUUCUGCCAAGAGGGACACUAUAUACAGAAUUUAAUAAUCAAUGUUUUUUCUAUGUACACUCAUUGUUCAAUACUGUUUUUGUAUUCCUUUAAAGUGAUGCAAAACUACAAUGCACAAUGAGCUCGAAGCAACAUGUGUAAGGUAUUCCAGAAAGCGUUCACUAUAUUUCCUGUAUAUCAUGAAUAUUCCUAAAGACUCAACACUGUGGGAUUGAGCCCACAUGUAAACUAUUUGUGGCGUGUUUUAAAAGUGCAUGUUGACUAUAUUUGCAUUUUUUUCUUUUUUUUGUAAUCGCUUAUUUUUCUCUCAUUGCUUCUACUGGUCUCUCUUUUAUAUUGUUCAUAUAAUAUUCUUUAGAUCUGUGCCUCAUUUAAACUUUGGUGAAUUUUGAUGUUUAAACUUAUCAGUGAAUAAAAGUGAUACCAGGUU